AGGAGAAAGGAUUUUUCAACAGAACAAAAAGAAAAUGCUAAAGGCAAGCCCUGUUCCAAUCUCAACAACGAAGCUUGUAACAAUAAGGAAUCAAAUCAAUCAACAUACAGAAGGACCAAAAUGAUGUCAGAUGAUGGACACAGCGAUGUGGAAUCCCACUUUGAGGAAGAACGAGAGCUGACCAUUGUUAGCAUGCAAAAACGAGAUAGUGGUUGGGGCAGGAGAAUCGGCAUUGCUCUUCUGGCUAUUGUCGCGAUUGUCUUGGUGAUUGCUGUGCCCGUCACCGUGACAAAAAACAAGGAAAGCGAGUCUUCUUCUUCUGCUGCCGUGGGUGUAGGAAGUGAUUCCACUGGUGGGGCUCAACCCACGCUUACCACGGAAGAUCCAAUGGAAUCGGUGACCAACGAGACUCCUAAAGAACAAGAAACAACCCCCAAAGACGAGCCAGAUGAUAGCGAGACGACCAUGGAGAAACCAGAGACGAAGGCACCAUCGGGCUCGCCAACCACUGCGCCAAUCACUAUAACUACCACCAAUGACAAUGAGGCUUCCACUAGUACGGUCGAACCCGCAUUCACCAAAACCGUGUGUCCUGCCAAUGGCACCAACAGUACCAACUGGUUCCAGUUUGCCGAUGACAUUGUCGGUGAAUCGGCUCAUGAUUUGUCGGGCAGUGCCAUGGACAUGUCGGCCGAUGGAUCCAUCAUUGCCAUUGGCGCCAACUCGAAUGAUGACAAUGGAGAGAAUGCCGGUCAUGUGCGAGUGUACCAGUACCAGUCGGACAUUGGAUUCUUUACACGUCUCGGUCAAGAACUGGAUGGAGAAGGCGAAGGCGACUGGUUUGGGCAUUCAGUUGCGUUAGAUGCCAGUGGGAAACGGUUGGCUGCGGGUGGGAUCUGGAACGAUGGAACGAAUGGCAAGAAUUCAGGGCAUGUCCGUGUGUUUGAUCUGUCUCCAGACAGUAACCAAUGGGAACAAGUUGGAGAGGACAUUGAUGGUGAAGAGGAAGAUGAUCGAUUUGGUACAUCCAUCUCCUUGUCAGCCAAUGGAAAGCGUCUUGUAAUUGGCGCUUCUCGUUGCAAGAAGGGGGACAUUAAUGCUACUGAAGUGGGUUGUGCAUACAUUUAUGACCUGGUAGAUGAUUCCUGGGUACUCUUGGAGAAGCUUCAAGGAGAUUCUGAUGGAGACAUGUUUGGCAGUGCAAUCCAAUUGUCCGAAGACGGCGAGCACAUGAUUGUGGGUGCUCACAGGUAUGACAAUCGCAAUGGUGGUCCCCAAGCAGGACAAGUCAAGGUCUUCCAGUUUGUCCCUUCCGAGAAAAGUUGGUUCCAGGUGGGAGCGGCCAUUGAAGGAAUCUUUCCUGGCGAAUGGGCUGGUAUGACAGUGUCUAUCAACAUGGAUGGCAGUCGAGUGGCUGUUGGAUUUCCUGGGGACAAUAUGGGCAUCCCUGCACCAGGCUUCUCUCGUGUUUAUGAGCUAAACAAUGGAGUCUGGGAGCAGAUGGGAACCCUUGACCUGGAAGGUGGCUUCUCUGUGGCCUUGUCAAGAGAUGGAAAUCGGGUGGCUGUUGGAGAUUACAAGGGUAUGAAUGCUGGAAUUAUUUCGGGCCAUGUCUAUGUGUAUGACUUCAACACUGACAAAAGAGAUUGGGAAGUUGUUGGUGAGGAGAUCAAUGGAAAGAGCCAGCAGAUGGAGAUGCUGGGGGUGUCUGUGGCCUUGUCAGCGGAUGGAGCAAGAGUGGCCGCCGGUGUACCUCGAGCAGCUUCCGAUGGCAGCAGUGAAAUUGGGGCAGCGCGAGUGUUUGAUUUGUGCUAAAGAUCUACUUGUUUUGUACACGAUGCCCCCUCCAACAAACACUUUUAAGUUUUCAUAAAUGCAUAAGCCGCCCUUGUGGAUUAAGUAGCCCGCCGAUUGCCAAAACAACUUUGAAUACGCAGGAUAACCUUGCGUUUUGGUUUUGGCAGUGCAACCCGUA